UCGUCUUCCCUCUGCUAUCUUGUUCUCUCUUGCUUUUCUAUUUUCACUCUUGCUUCGUAUUCAUCUUGUCUCGACGAAUCUACCAAGAACCGGGACCAUUGGGCCUGGCCUCGAACGCGUACAUUACUUCAAGACUUCAAGACUUGCCCUGAAAUUGUUUUACUCACUCAACUUACAGGUGAUCAUAGACCUGUGUUUACUACUUCUCCUGAGGAUACCUUCCUGCCACACGACCAACAAUUGACUUUAAAGUGUUAUGCUACUGGUUAUCCUGCACCCUCAAUCACCUGGUAUAAAGAUGAUAAACCAGGAACUUCUAACAGAAUAACCAAUCACGGAGAGCUCAUCAUUUUGCGAUUUGGAACGUCAGAUGAAGGAGUCUAUUAUUGUAAUGCGAGCAAUAUCCACGGAUGGGCCAAGUCAGCUAGCGCCACUGUUCGUUCUGCCUUUUUUGAUUCUUCUGCAGCUCAAGGACCCGAUAAUAAAGCAGUAAACGUUGGCGACACGGUGGUUCUUGAGUGUGUUCCUCCCAAUGGAUUGCCAAAGCCUUCGGUUUCCUGGACUCGUGAUGGAUCGGUUCUGACUGAAAGUCACCGAAUUCAAAUAAUUGAACACUCCAAUCUAAAAAUCCACCCAGUGAAGCAAAGUGAUGCUGGUUCUUACCAGUGUCGAGCAGAAAACUUUGCUGGACGAUGGGAAAGCAGCCCAUCGACGCUCACUGUCCAAAGAAAACCACGGUUCACCUCAGCUCCAGGAAAUAAACAAGCUGUUGUUGGCGAAUCGGUCGAUUUUCAGUGCCUCGCUGCGGACGUCCCAAACUCCACAAUCGUCUGGCGUAAAUCAAUGGGGAAAAUGCGGGCAAAGUUGUGGAACAAGCGCAGCUUAAGAAUAGAAAACGUUCAGCUCUCAGACGCUGGGGACUAUGUAUGCGAGGUAAAAAAUGCUCACGGUAGAGCAGAGGCUGUUGCGCAUCUAUCAGUGAUUUCGCCACCGACGUUUCUGGUUACACCAGAUGAUCGAACUGUACCAGUUGGAGAAACUGUAACCUUUGAUUGUGUAGCUUCUGGUACCCCUCCACCAAGUGUGCGGUGGAUUCACAACGGAGAAACAUUUUGGGUGCCAUCUGGAUACAACCCUUCAGUAUUUGGAAGACGCCAAGUGUAUUCUAAUGGAACUCUUAUCAUAAGUUCAGUAACCGCUACGGAUGAAGGCAUGUAUGAGUGUCGAGCUUCCCAACUGGCUGGAAUUGUGAAAUCAUUGUCUCGCUUAUUUGUGGAAACACCGUUUGCACAACCACUUCCAGUUAUCGAGUUGGUUCCUCAGAAUCUCACGUUGUAUUCGGGUAUGAUAGCCACCUUUCCGUGCCAAGCUAGCGUCCUUCGGUAUCCUCGCUCUUCACCCACUACGAGUGAUCAUUCUUUUCCGGAGAUAGUAACUCAUUGGUAUAUUAAUGGUGUUCGAGUCUCACCUCCUAACGAUCGCCGGAUUGUAUUGUUCAACACAGGGUCUCUCCAGCUGCAUGCGGUUCGACCAUCCGACACUGGUGUUUACAAGUGUGAAGUGGAAGUGGAGGAGUUCAACAGAGGUACCGUUUCGUCAACCAAGACAAGUUGGUCUGCACACCUGACAGUUCUUCAAAGUGGAUUAGAGUCUGAUUCUGCUGGAAUGAAUUUUGAAGGCAAAAACGCCGAUGGUCUUAUUCCACAUCCUCCUGAGCGUAUCGAACUGUUGAGCGUGGGUGACACAUGGAUAACAAUUUUGCUUGAUUUUCCAGAGACUAACAAUUCAGCUCCUAGGCAGGAUUUGCCUUCAGAGUAUCGCAUUGAAUAUGCCGAGUAUAAUUCGUCUUCUGGAUGGCAACUUGCAUCCGCCUCUGUAAAGGCACGCGAAACCAGAAUUGAAAAUCUCAAUCCGCGGACUGGCUAUUAUAUACUUGUUCGUGGUGUGAACAAACACGGAGUCGGGAGACCAAAAAUUUUGGAUCAAGUGGUAUAUACACUUGCUUCUAGUACCAGAGACGAUGUGGAUCAGGUACACAUUUUAGCCCGGAUCCAGAAGGUUCAUUUCAGUCCACUUCUAUCGAGGCCCCUGUCUCCAUCAGAAGCUUUAGUGGAGUGGACGACCUGUGGACAUGUCGCUUCAUUAUCAGAAAUUAACGCCCACAAGGUAACUGCUAAGCCGGUGCCACUUUCACGUUGUCUUUCGUUGGAUCCUAAGUUGAAUGGCUAUACAUUGCAGCAUCAUGAAGAAAAAGCGAGCUUUACUGAAUCCCAAUGUUCACUAAGUGAUUCCUCAACGGAAUAUGAGUCAGGAGACGAAUUUUCCCACUGCAGCCUAUCGGAACUUAGAGAUAAGUAUGAUCUCUCUGCUGACCCCCCAUUGUCUCUUACUAGAGAACAUUUUGAAGUUAAUGCAGAUGUGGCUAAUGGCAAUUCACUUUACAAGCGUGCCGUUAUUCCGGAAUUGAAACCGUUUAUAUGUUACUCCGUCGAAAUAGAGCCGGUUGGUACUCAUCCCCUUUUUGGUCAUUUGUUUGGUCCUCGAAGCAAAUCGGUUACAGUGCUUACCUUCGACAGCUCUCCUUCAGGCGCUCCAAAGGUUUUUAGAGCUUUGUGGGUGCAAAAUGGUACAGUACUUGAGCUGCAUUGGCAUCCGCCUGCAAUGUGGGAACAAGGUGGCGUGUUAACCGGGUAUACAAUGCGGAUUAUCGGUCCAUCGGCUCUCUCAAAUCGAAAUAUAAAUGUGAGUUCAGUUGUUUUUUGA